UUCGUGAAGAGAAGUUUAUUCUCAUUUAUUCAGAUAUACAUCUGCAUAAGGACUGAAAAAUGUUGGAAAUUGCAUAGAAAUUAUAUAGAAAUUUUGAGAAAUAAAAUACAUAUAAUUCUGAAAAUUUAAUUUUCUGAUGUUAAAUUCAAUUUUUUUUAACAAAAAAAAAUAAAGUAAACAACAGGAAAUAACACAUUGUUACGUGCUAAAACUAUGUUCAGCGCAGAUUUAUAUACAUGAAAAUUAAAUAAGUUGCGUUAAUAAAAAUUAGGCAACGUGUUACUGUUGCGUUAUCAUUGCUAUCGAAUUUGGUUCUAAGUACGUAUUAACGUGUUCACUGACGGAUGUGUAAUUACUCCCUCUCCACGAUAUUCGCAAGAAUGACUCGCCGUUCUCGUUUCAUUGUCUCAUAUGAGACAAAUUGAUAGAUAUAAUUGCUUUUUUGCGAUAACGCCCGUCAGAUGAUAGCUAACAGCAAGCAAAAUGAAGCGAAUUGUAAUAUUUGGCGCUACUGGGAACACUGGCCUAUGCACUUUGAGGUCAGCAGUCGAAGAUGGUUUAGAAGUAAGAGCUUUUGUAAGAGAUGAAACCAAAGUUCCUGAAGAUCUUAAAAAUAAGAUUGAAUCAAUUAUUGGAGAUGUCACUAAUGCAGAACAGGUUGCAAGUGCUGUAGCUGAUAGGGAUGCUGUUGUGGUGGUACUUGGAACAAGGAAUGAUUUGAAUCCUACUACAGUACUAUCUCAAGGUCUGAAAAAUAUAAUUGAUGCCAUGAAGACUCACAAUGUUGAAUUAAUCUCUGUAUGUCUGUCUGCAUUUCUAUUCUAUAAACCUGAGGCAGUGCCAGCUAUAUUUAAGAACUUGAAUGCAGAUCAUCAACGGAUGUUUGAUUUGAUCAAAGCAAGUAAUUUGAAAUGGGUAGCAAUAUUACCGCCGCAUAUAGCAGAUAUACCAAAAUCAAAGUACACUGUCACGUUUGAUUCUUCACCUGGACGAGCUAUUUCCAAGCAUGAUUUAGGCGCUUUUCUCAUCGAGUGUCUUAAGAAUUCGAAAUAUUGCCAAAAGAUCUGCGGCAUUGCAACCGCGUCAUGAUGUAAGAAGAAUCACGGAAAUGUAAAAAUAAUAAAAUGCAUUGUGUUUUGUUUUUAAUAAAAAUAUAUAUUGUAUAUCUGUUAAA